AUGUCGAAUUCCCCGCCUACCUUGUCAAUUCCCAUUGAACUUGAUAGCCGAUAUGGAACCGACGAAGACAGCGAUCAACUAUCGGAAACAACACCACUUAGCACGACAAGAAGUGUAAGUAGAAAUGACUUGCUACUGCCUUCUACUUUCAGUGGUAAGCAAGACCCCUGGACGGUUUUCAGGACUCGACUCAGAUACUAUGUCCCGGUCUUCAGUUGGCUCCCAACUUACUCUCUAGAAACAUUCUGGGGUGACUUCUUGGCCGGCUUAACCGUGACAGCUAUUCUACUGCCUUCCGGAUUAUCCUACUCUGCUUUGGCAAAGUUACCAGAGGUUCACGGCUUGUACACUAUUGUUAUACCUGGUUUCAUAUAUGCUUUCCUUGGAACUUCGAGACAAUUGAUCAUCGGUCCCGAGGCGCUCGUUGCCAUGCUCGUAGGUUCAUCAGUGGUACAACAACAAAUAGAAGCUGGCAAAGAAGAUGAUCCCGAUACGGCGAUUGCUACAGCCGGGCUGAUCAUGUUUUUUUCGGGAAUCUUAACAUUGAUACUUGGACUGAUUCGACUAGGAUUUAUAGACUCGGUCUUAUCACGAGCUCUGUUACGAGGGUUUAUUUCUGCCGUGGCGAUUGUUAUUAUGAUCGAACAAUUGUUUAUUAUGUUAAAGUUAGACGAGGAUGCUGCACGAGAUGACAUCGGUCACUCAUCAUCUGCGGUUGAAAAGAUCACUUACAUAUUCACACAUCUUCAUAAUGCACAUAAGCUCACAGCAACUGUAUCAUUCUCAAGUUUGGCAUUCCUUCUGGUUUCUGAAUCACUGAAAUCAAAACUUUCAAAGCGUUACGUUUGGAUCCAAUUUGUUCCCGAGAUUCUCACCUGCGUGAUUAUCUCUACCAUUCUAUGUUCGAUAUUUAAAUGGUACGAUGAUGGCCUAACCAUUCUUGGAAAUAUAAAAGGAGGCGGAUUUCCAAGAUUCCAAAUUCCCGCUGUUAACAUAAGUUACUAUAAGGACUGUUUUGAGGCAGCGGUUUUAAUAACGGUUGUUGGAUUUGUGGAGUCGAUUGUGGUCACUAAAACAUAUGCGACAAAACACAAUUAUGCUGUUAGCGCAAAUCGUGAAUUGGUUGCCUUGGGUGCAGCCAACUUGAUCGGCAGCUUCUUCCAAUGUUUUCCUGCUUACGGUGGUAUGGCAAGAAGCGGUAUAAACGAUAAGGCAGGUGCAAAGACUCAAUUGGCUGGUUUGAUCGCCGCUUUCUUAGUCAUGUUCUGUUUAUUUUUCCUUCUCCCUCUAUUUUACUACCUACCAAAAUCUGUUCUGGCGACAGUCGUAUGGAUGGCCGCACUUUCUCUAUUGCAUGAGCUUCCACAUGACUUGUAUUUCAUGUAUAAAAUAAAGGCAUGGAAUGACUAUGCAUUGCUUUUCUUAAAUUUCUUCACCACGAUCUUCAUAUCAAUUGAAUAUGGAACUUUGAUUUCUGUGGCGUUGUCCUUGGUGCUUAUGGUCAAACACUCAACAUAUCCACGGAUCACCAUAUUGGGUAGAAUCGGUGAUACGGGUAAAUUCAAGUCCAUCAAGGACUUCCCUGAUGAAGCUGAUCAUGUGGAAGGUGUACUUGUGGUCCGAAUAGCGGAGCCCUUGUAUUUUGCCAACACUGGUCAGCUGAAGGAUCGAUUGAGGCGACUAGAAGAAUUCGGUGACAUGAGCGUACAUCCUUCUGAAGACGCUAGAAUGUCACCAAUUGAAAAUGUAAUAUUUGAUAUAGAAACCAUGGAGGGACUGGAUGCUAGUGCGGCACAAAUCCUCUUUGAAAUCGUCGAGGCAUACCAAAAACGCAACGUUAAUGUGUUCUUUGUGAAAUUACGCGAAAAUCAAAAGAAAUUAUUUAUACGCGCCGGUUUGUGGGAUAUAGUAGGAGGAGAGAAACAUUUCUUCAGACGUAUUCCCGACGCAUUAGAACAUAUUAAUCGAGGGCGAAUAAGUCCGCAAGAUGAUUCCUAUCUUAGUUAUACGUAA